AUGGCCGCCCAGGUGAUGCCGGACUCCUAUCCGACCUACGACUCGUUUCGCACCGAUCAGGGUCUCCCGAUUUCCAAUGGCAGUUCGAUCUCGACGCUGGACAUUUCCGGCGGUACGCAACAAGCACCGAACAGUGUGCUUCGCGUCAUCAUCGAGAAUAUGAUCUAUCCGGUGACCCUGGACGUCCUGCACACACUCUUCUCUCGCUAUGGCAAAGUGCUGAGGAUCAUAACAUUCAACAAGAAUAACACGUUCCAAGCGCUGGUGCAAAUCAGCGAGGCUAACGCCGCCCAACUCGCCAAACAGAACCUCGAAAACCAAAACGUAUACAACGGGUGCUGUACUUUGCGUAUUGACUACAGCAAAUUAAGUACACUUAAUGUGAAGUACAAUAAUGACAAAAGUCGAGAUUAUACGAAUCCGAACCUUCCUUCCGGAGAAAUCAGUCUCGAACAACAGCUGGGCCUCGGGAUUCCGGGUCUACAUUCUUUUCUGCAUUCUUCAGGAAUUCCGGGUCUUCAAUCACUUCUACCGACGGCAUCCCCGUAUUCAUUUGCCUUCGGAACUAAUCCGGCAACCACAUUCAUUCCUUCAACGAUAGGAGCAGGU